AUGAUUCAAGUUCUCUUUCUCUAUAUCAUUAGAAGAAGAAGUCGUGCUUCAAACCAGGUGUUCUCGGAGUAUCAAUAUUUAAUAGAGUAGACCACAACAAUUAAGUCAAUUUGCCCCAGUGCCUAAGCGAAAGGAUGCCUCUAGGAAGUCUUCAGUGAUAAUAAGUUAAACGAUCAGAAAAAGUUUUUAGUAAGUGAGAAACAGCACUAUCAAAUUGGAGGGCGCUGAGGAAAUCCCUUCUUAGUCGAUGGGCGUCAAUUCAAAUCAUUACAUCAAGGCUAUUAUGAAGGAAUAGAAAAUGCAAAGGAAGAAAUCGAUAAAGAUUGAAUCCCCAAAUAGCACGAUGUUGCAAGUUCAAUUUGCUCAAAAUAAAUCUCAUACGGAAAACCCUGAUAGUCAAAGAGAUCCGUUCCAGGAAUUAAUCGGAGAUCAGAAAACUUAGUUAGAGAAAAUGGACGUGAUCAUCUACGUGACCUAUUAUGUGGAGCGAAUCGGAUUCGAAUAGGGAUUUAUCUUGCUGCUUUGGUAUUUUGAUGUAAACUUCUACAUCUUCAUUCCAGUUUCCCUAUUCGCUGGAGUUUUGAUGAGAAUACAAGAGAAGUUUGGAUACAGAUUGAUCCAAAAGAUCCUUCUAAUCUUGCUUCAUAGCCUUCUUGUCCUUGAGACAUAUCUUAUCAUGACGAAUGAAUAUGAAACAUUUUGUUAUUUAAUUGUGUUGGGAAUAGAAACUGUGUUUAGUAUAAUAUCCUACAUUUUACUGAAAAAAUGCAAAUGA